UCUGUAGGCUUAAAAUAUGGAUAAGAACGAGCUGGUACAGAAAGCUAAACUGGCAGAGCAGGCUGAGCGAUAUGAUGACAUGGCAAAUGCUAUGAAAGCAGUCACUGAAGAUGGGAAUGAGCUGUCUAAUGAAGAGCGAAACCUACUUUCUGUGGCAUACAAAAAUGUGGUGGGCGCCCGACGCUCCUCCUGGCGUGUCAUAUCUAGCAUCGAACAGAAAACUGAGAGCAAUGAAAAGAAACGACAGCUGGCUCGUGAAUAUCGUGAGAAAAUAGAGGGUGAAUUGCAUGACAUCUGCAAAGAUGUUCUGAAACUUUUGGAAGAUCACCUCAUUGACAAAGCCUCACCUGCAGAAAGUAAGGUUUUCUACCUGAAAAUGAAGGGUGAUUACUACAGGUAUCUGUCUGAGGUGGCAUCUGGAGAAAAGAAGCAAGGUAAAUAA